GACACUGUCGAUAGUGCGACUGUGCCACUAUACGAAAGCAGCGACGAGUGUCAACCAUCAGGUGGCGGACUGGUGGAGUGGUAAAUGAUUUUAGAGUACGCGAGGAUGUCACGCAGAGCGAUUAAAGCGAUUAAUUGGUCGGCGCUUGCCGAAAAAAUUCCGGAAACAGAAAAAACAGCAUUCGCCGCUUUCAAAGCUAAAUCUGAUCAGUACUUGCGACGAAUGAACAUGAAUCCCGAAACUCCUCCAAAAAUCAACUGGUCAUAUUAUAAGAAAAGUAUCCCAGUACCUGGGUUAGUCGACAAGUUUCAAAAAGAAUAUGAAGCCUUUAAAAUACCAUAUCCAGAAGAUAAAUAUACUUCCGAAGUUGAGGCUGAAGAAAAGCAAGUGCAUAUAAAAAUUGAAGAAUUUAUGAAGGAGUCAAAUGAACGUAUCGUUACUGCCAACAAGGAAAUUGAUAGAAUAAAAAGUUUGCUGCCAUUUUCUGAAAUGACUAUGGAAGAUUUCCGAGAUGCCUAUCCAGACCUUGCUAUAAACUCCGAUAAACCAACCGUUUGGCCACAUAUUCCUGAAGUGCAGCCAGAGAACGAGAAAGGACGACCAACGCAUCAUUAAUAUUACAUUCUGUAAUGCGUUCAGAAUACGAAGUGUAGUCGUAAUUUACUUCUAGCGUACGAUUCUGGACCGCGUGCUAAGUUGGAGAAAAAAAUAUUAUCUUCUUUGUUUCUGUAAUAUGUCUUCAAAGUAAAUUUAUUUACAGAGAGGUACAUAUAACCUCCUUUUGUUCCACACCGUUGAUACAUACCUUGGCACAGAAGGAAUAGAAAUAUACUUUAAUAUAACCAAAAAAAA